AUGAUACCCCUGCUCCGCGCAACAACGACAACCCCGCCAACCAGCCGGGUCUUUCGGCAUGGCGGGCGGCACGUGGCUGCGGCUGCCGUGGCCUGCAGGCCGGCAGUCCGAUUUGCGUCGACAUCGGCGGGAGUUAAUAACGCUUCUUUUUCCGCUUCAGCUUCAUCUGCAACAGGGCUCACGAGCAACACACAGUCCGGUAUAACAGCUGCGGGGACGGGGAACUCCGCCGGCAUUAAGGCCUUGAGGACACAGCAACAGCAGAGGUGGUCUUCGACGACAAAAUUACCCACGACAUCUGGACCUGCGCCAGCAGAUCAGCAAGACAAGAUGUACACGACAGCGUUUGCCUUCUUCGAGGCGCUCUGGGACGCCGGCGUGACACAUGUGUUUGUCAACCUGGGCUCGGACCAUCCCAGCAUCAUCGAGGCGAUGGUCAAGGGGCAACGGGAGAAGAGGGAUCGGUUUCCAAGGAUUAUUACCUGUCCUAAUGAGAUGGUAGCCAUGUCCAUGGCCGACGGCUACGCCCGCCUAACAGGCAAACCCCAAGCCGUCAUCGUACACGUCGACGUCGGCACGCAGGGUCUCGGCGCCGCCGUACACAACUCCUCAACUGGCCGGGCCCCCGUGCUAGUCUUCGCCGGCCUCUCGCCCAUCACGCAAGAAGGAGAGCUGCGCGGCUCCCGCACCGAGUUCAUCCACUGGAUCCAGGACGUGCCAGACCAAAAGCAGAUCGUCGCACAGUACUGCCGGUACGCAGGUGAGAUUAAGACUGGUGUCAACAUCAAGCAGAUGGUCAAUCGCGCACUGCAGUUUGCGAAGUCGGCGCCGCAGGGGCCGGUGUAUCUGUGCGCCAGCCGUGAGGUUAUGGAGGCAGAGAUCCAGCCUUAUGAGCUCAAACAGGAGCAGUGGGAGCCUGUUGAGCUCGGUGGGCUGCCGGAGGUCGCGGUAAGGAAGAUUGCCGAUGCGCUGGCAGGCGCGAAAGAGCCGUUGUUGGUUACGGGGUAUGCUGGGAGGAAUCAGAAAAUUCCGGGGGCGUUGGUCGAGUUGGCGAAUACUGUUAAGGGUCUGCGUGUGCUGGAUACUGGUGGCAGCGAUAUGUGCUUCCCGGCGGACCAUCCGGCGUGGUUGGGGCUGAAGUAUGGCGUGGAUGAUGCCGUCCGAACGGCGGACGUCAUUGUUGUGCUGGACUGUGACGUUCCAUGGAUCCACACGCAAUGCAAGCCGCGUGACGACGCUAAAAUCUUCCAUAUUGAUGUUGACCCUCUGAAGCAGAUGAUGCCUGUCUUCUGGAUGCCGGCGCAGGCUCGGUAUCGUGCUGAUGCGCUGACAUCGGUUGAGCAGAUCACUAACUUGCUGAAGUCGGACGCAAGCUACGCGUCGCAACUCAAGGGCGAGGAGCGUGACAAGAUGUGGGCUACGCUGCAGGAGUCCUACCAGAAGCGCCUCGUGCAAAUCGCCGAGCGCGCAAAGCCCCUCGACAACGGCGAGUUCGGCACUACUUAUCUCUGCGCCAAGCUGCGUGAGAUGUGUCCGCAGGACACGAUCUGGGCUAUCGAGGCCGUGACUAACACGCUGUUCGUGCACGAUGGCAUCCGGCCGACACUGCCCGGCCACUGGAUCAACUGCGGUGGGGGCGGUCUCGGGUGGUCGGGCGGUGGCAGCCUGGGCAUCAAGUUGGCGACCGACUACGAGGCUCAGCUCCGCGGCGAGAAGGCCGGCAAGUUUGUGGUCCAGAUCGUUGGCGACGGGACGUACCUGUUCUCUGUGCCCGGAAGUGUCUAUUGGAUCUCCAAGCGGUACAACAUCCCGGUGCUGACCAUCGUCUUGAACAACAAGGGUUGGAAUGCUCCUCGCCGAUCGCUUCUGCUCGUCCAUCCUGACGGACUGGGCUCCAAGGCGACCAACGAAGAGAUUAACAUUUCCUUUGAUCCCGUGCCUGACUAUGCUGGCAUCGCUAAGGCGGCUGCCGGUGGCGAUCUCUUUGCCGCGCGCGUGGAUAAAGCGGCUGACUUGGAAAGGGUGCUCUCUGAGGCCAUCAAGGCUGUUCAAGGGGGACAGACUGCGGUCGUUGACUGCAAAGUUGCCAUGGGUUGCUGA